AUUAGAUAUCAGAUGAAUAUAUCGAUUAGUGAAAGAUUAUUUCAAACUACUCGAUGCUUUAAUGAAGUCUUCUAUUAACAAAUUAUUUAAAGAUAUAAAAUUUAUUUUUCUGCUCAGCCUUCAUUUGGACAAGGUGUCGAUAGGCACUUAUUUGGUUUAAAAAUGAUAGCUUCUAUCGAAUCAAUGUGUCUUCCAGAAUUGUAUAAGGAUGUUGCAUAUAUUAAAAGUACAUACUAUGAUUUAACAACGAGUCAAGUACCUCAUAAAACAUCGUCAUUUAUGUGUUACGGUCCGGUUGUACCAGAAGGUUACGGUUGUUGUUAUAAUCCUCGAGAGAACGAUAUUCUCUUUCGUUGCUCUCCCUUCAAAUCCAGUACAAAAGCAGACGCAACACAAUUUGCCAACACUUUAAAAGAAACUUUGUGUCGGAUGAGAAACUUAUGUAAUGUUUGAUUAUAUUGAUAUACUAUGUAAUAGUAUAAAUAUAUAAUUAUUUCAUUUGUUAACUUGGAUAGAUUAUCCAUACGCUAUAUUGUUUUCAUAAUUUAUAUUUAAACAAUAAAAUUCUCAAUUUCUAAGCAUAAUAUAAAAAAUAUUUAAUAUCUAUUUGAAUUUUUUUCUUUGGGGGAAAAAAAAAGGAGGAAUCGUCGAAAAAAAAAGGAAGCAAUGUUCCCAGCGCGAUUUAUCAAAGUGACCUCUCAUCUUUGUAUAAUUUUUUUUUUAUUUUUGAUAACAUACAAUAUAAAAUAUUACAAAAUUAACUAAGUUGUGAUGAAAAUAUAUAUAUUCUAUUAUUGUUGUCUACCCGUAAUAUUCCACAUGAUAUUGUACUUCUUAUGGUUGUGUUUAUACAAUAAUUGAUAUAAAUAAAAAUAAUCUAUACCGUACAAUGAAAA